UAAAUUGCAAAUUGCAUUGAUAUAUUUUUGUGAAAGGAACGCUUAUUUAAUAUGGGAAGAAGGAAGUCAAAAAGAAAGCCACCUCCUAAGAGGAAAAAUAUCGAACCCUUGGACCAGCAGUUUAAUUGUCCAUUUUGUAACCAUGAAAAGUCUUGUGAAGUAAAAAUGGAUAAAGGAAGAAACACAGCCAAAAUAACGUGUCGCGUUUGCUUAGAGGACUUCCAAACGGGAAUUAACUUUUUGUCAGAACCAAUUGAUGUAUAUAACGAUUGGGUGGAUGCGUGUGAAACAGCAAAUUAAGUUUAGUAUUUUAAUGAACAAUAAUAUCCUGUUUUUACAGACCCCUUUUUAAUAUUAAUAUAUAUAUAUAUAUAUAAUUAUACCCUAUUAUAAUUGUGUCACGAAAUGAAUACGAAAUGUAAAUGUCUCAAAAGUUGAGUCCCAGUCAAUUCUU